UGUGUUAUCUGAUGGUUUGAAUGGUUCUUGUCGAGAAGAACAUGAAUGGAAAAGACGUGGAAGCUCGAACAAAUUCACCAUAAUUCAUCCUCUGUAACACAAAUGCUCGAGAUGAUCUGUAUCGACACCGUUGCCAAUUACUCCAAGGAUCGAUUGUCCUACCAUGUCUGUACGUACACAUACACUCGAGUGCCAUGUUAAUUAAUUAUGGUGCACAGUUAGCCAGUGAAGGGCUCGAUCCGAUAGAAACGGGCGAGUAACGCGUACGAAUGAGUGCGACCUUGCUUACAUGUGCUUACAUGUGCUUACAUUUGCUGACAUCUUACAAUACCGGCCAUGUGGUGCAACCAAAGGUUGAUUGAUAUUCUGUCGAAGCUCCAAAUCAGAAUAUUAUCACGAUACUCGAUACUCGAUACUUGAUCACGUUCUAGAUUUCCCGAAUUCCCAAACUCCAAAGUCAAUGCAAGUAACAACAUCCUCAGCUAAGUAAUCCCGCCCAACGACGUCAUGACACCUUUAGUCCAGGGGCCAACUAGCCUUAUCUCCUCUUAAUGCAUCCCAAAAACCAAGGCUAGAUGCCAAAAUUGGAACUUAGUCGAGAUUUUCCAAGCUUAUUUGCCUUGAGACAGGCGGGGUGAAUUAUUUACUUGGAAUAAUGGAGGGGCAUGAGUUUCAAAGUGUGGGAUUUCUUGUAUUCUUAUGAGAAUUCUCCUUUUCUAUUCAUUAUUUAUUCUCUUGCUUUCCCUACGUAUUGUCUCUUUUUCCUCGUUCAUUCUACAUAGCUGUACGCUCAUUCUACACAAUUUAUCAUUUUGGAUAUCAUCAUUCCUAAGGAAAGUCUAUCCUAGAAAUUCAUCAAGAUGGGGGAUAUCAAGGAAGAAAGUAAGCAAACACUCACCCAUCAAGAUAUUCAAGAGCAAGAGAAUCAAGAGAAUCAAUCUGACUUCCAUAGGAAAACCCACGGCGGAAAACAUGACCAUGCUUCAAGCAUUCGAAUGGUAUGUUCCAGACGAUCAAAAACAUUGGCAAAGACUUCACGAUGCGAUUCCCUCUCUCAAAGCCACUGGUAUCGACAAUAUGUGGAUUCCACCUGGAUGUAAAGCUUCUUCUCAAUCCGGAAAUGGUUAUGAUGUAUACGAUCUUUAUGAUCUUGGAGAAUUCGACCAAAAGGGAGGAAAGGGUACAAAGUGGGGCACCAAGGAAGAAUUGGUGAAAAUGGUAAAGAAAGCGAAUGAAGUCGGAGUUGGAAUUUAUUGGGAUGCUGGUAUGUUUUCACUUGAAGAGACUUCUUAAAUACAAAUAUGCUAAUACCCUCUUCUCAAGUUCUCAAUCACAAAGCAGCAGCAGAUCACAAAGAAAAAUGUGAAGCUCAAGAAGUCGACGAAGAAGAUCGCACAAAAAAUAUCUCCGACCCUUAUCAAAUCGAUGCUUGGCUUGGUUUCGAUUUCCCUGGUCGUGGUGACAAAUACUCGAAGCAGAAAUAUCAUUGGCAUCAUUUCAGCGGUACAGAUUACAAUGCCGAGAACGAAAAAACCGCAAUCUAUAAAAUUCUCGGUGAUAAAACAAAAGAUUGGGCAGAUGAUGGUGAUGUUGAUGGAGAGAAGGGUAAUUAUGAUUAUCUCAUGUUUGCAGAUUUGGAUUACAAUCAUCCCGAAGUAGAACAAGAUGUUCUGAAUUGGGGAGGAUGGUUAGGAGAUCAAAUUACUCUGAAAGGUAUCAGAUUUGAUGCGGUUAAACAUUUCAGUGAGGAUUUCUUGAGGAAAUUCAUUACGCUCAUGAAUGAUAAAUAUGGACAAGGGUGGUUUUUUGUGGGAGAGUUUUGGAAGGAUAGUUUGGAUGAUAUGAAUAAGUAUUUGGAUCGUAUGGGCAGAAAGUUUAGUCUUUUUGAUGCGCCGUUGGUUUAUAACUUUAGCAAGUUAUCCAAAACAGAGGGAGGAGAUUUGAGAACUGUAUUCGAAAAUACCCUGGUUCAAACCGCACCAGUUAAUGCUGUUGUAAGUUCUUCUUCUACUUCCUCCUUACUAUCCCUUCUUCCCUACCCAUUCCUUUCCUUCAAGUCAAAAAACCAAACUAACAACCCCAGACCCUAGUAAUGAACCACGACACUCAACCCUACCAAGCCCUCGAAGCCCCCAUAGAACCCUUCUUCAAACCCCUCGCCUACUCCCUGAUCCUGCUCCGCGUAGACGGCUACCCAUGUAUCUUCUACGGCGACCUCUACGGCAUAAAAGGCGAACACGAGUUCCCCCCCUCCUGCGGCAACGCCCUCCCUAAUCUCAUCCUCGCCCGAAAACUCUACGCUUAUGGCCACCAGGAAGAUUACUUCGACUACGCUACUUGUGUCGGAUGGGUACGAUCCGGAACAUGGGAUCGACCGAAUGGUUGUGCGACGGUUAUUAGUAAUGCUGGUCCGGGGGAGAAGAGAAUGUUUGUGGGUGAGAUUCAUGCGGGAGAGAAAUGGACGGAUGUUUUGGGUUGGGAACAGGGUGAGGUUGUUAUUGGCAAGGAUGGCUGGGGGGUUUUUAAGUGUCCUGGGACUAGUGUUAGUGUAUGGGUUAAUGCCGAGGCGGAUGGGAGAGAUAGGUUUGGGAAGUUUGAUGAUGAUAUUUAUAAGGAGUAGAGGGGUUUGAUGGUUGUGGUUGUGGUUGGUGGGUGGAAGAGGGUUUAUGGAUAGGGUCGUUUGAGUUUGAUAUCAAAGGAAAGGAUGGAUUUUGGCGUUUACGCAGGGUCGGGUCGGGUAACUGAAGCAAUAAAUAGAUUAAAGUAAAAUUGAAAAAUAAACUUUGAUAAUAAAGAUUAAAAGUAACAACUCGUAAACGAUGAAUGAUUUCUCAACCUCUAACACAUAAUAUAAAUCUAGCGAAAUAAUAAAUCUUUCUACUCUUUGAAGUAUAUAUAUAAAUAUAUAAAGGGAAUUAAUCUCAGUUAAUAAGACUUUAUUAAAAGUAUUAUUGAUAUAAGAUUAAUUUAAAACUUUUCAUUUUGUAUUAUUAAAACUCU